ACAUCACAUGCUUGCUUUAUUACAUUUAAGCUGAAGUGAACGAAGGCGAAAGUUGAACGAGAGCAGAAUAGAGCUGACUGGGUAUGAGAGCAGCCACUGGCAUAGGGGGCAAUACAUUGAAAAACGUCAACAUGGUGCAUUUGGAAAUUUUAUUUGGGCUGAUUUGGGUAUUGUUCGUUCCUGUAACCAACACCAAAAAAACUUAUGGCGACAUGUUUCCUAACAAAUACAAGCCCUUUAUACCAUUCCCAAUCCCCGGAUGGGAACCAGACACCAAACCUUGGGACGAAUCUCUGUAUCCUGCUUUUAAACAAGAGCUGACCCGCAGACAUGGUAAAACUCCGCGCGUGCGCCUGACGAGCGACAGCCCCGCAAUGAACGGCUCGUGCAUCACAUUCACUGCAGCGCUGGAGUUCCCGCCAUGUCAGAAAGAGGGCGCUGACGUCAACCUGCUGAAUGAAAACUGUGACGAUGAUAUGACUUCAGCCAGUGGACAGGGACGUUUAGGGUCUGUUGGAUGGUUGGAUGACUACGGCUUUGGAAAGUGUACCGAUAAGAAAAGGUGUAAUGUCUUCCCUGAUGGAAAACCUUUCCCUCAGACCAGCGACUGGAGACGUAGAGGUUAUGUGUAUGUUUGGCGCACCAUGGGUCAGUAUUUUGAGACAAGUGAUGGCUCCUCCUCCCAUCUAACUCUAAACACCACUAACAUGACAAUUGGAGCUGGUGAGAUGGAGGUUUUGGUGUAUUGCAAACGUGAACGCCGGAAGUACAGCCCACUCUCUACUGAUAAUACUGUAUACUUUAUAACAGAUAAGAUUCCCAUCUCAGUGAACAUUUCCCAGAAAGAAGCAGUAAAAAUAAAAGAGAAAAACGUCUUUUAUAAAGGCUCAGAUGUGAUAUUCAAAGUGCAGGUCCAUGACCCCAGUAAGUACCUAAAGACAGCUGAUGCAGUAGACUUUAUCUGGGACUUUCAGGAUGGCAACAAGCUGGUCACCCCCAGCAACGUGGCGACCCAUACGUACAACACGCUCGGAAACUUUACGGUCAAUCUCCUUGUAAAAGCAGCAUUCCGCAUUUCCUGCCCACCACCAACUCCCACGCCACAGGCUCGUACCACAGAAAUGUCUACACCGUCACCUGUACCUCAUACAUUUACCAGCAAAAUUGAGACUACGAAAGCUCCUGUUGUAACCAGUCCUUUGCCAACAUCCACUCCUCAAAGUCCCUCAAGUGCCGUUCCAACAACAGAACCAUUUCAUACAGAUGCUCAUGUGACGUCUAGCACUACAGCAACUCCUGUACCCGAGACCGGCUCGGCCCAUACUCAGACCGGCUCGGCCCACACUCAGCCCAUCUCCCAACUCAUGAUCAAACACACACAUUUGGAGUCAGACUGUUACCGCUACAUGUAUGGCUCCUUUGAGAGUGAGAUCAUCAUUAUUGAACCUCCUCUUGGUCUUUACAAUGAGCUACACAAUAAGAUUUUAAAUGAAGUCACCAACACCUCUGUCAACUUUAUGGUGACAUGCACUGGCAGUGUUCCCUCAGUGGCAUGUACCGUCGUGGCCGAUUCCACCUGUCAGGUGGUAAAUGACAUCCUAUGUGAGGAUGCCUCACCCUCGGGUGAAGGUUGCAAGAACAGUUUGACACGCAUCUUUCAAACGCCGGGCACGUACUGCGUCAACAUCAAGCUGGGAGUUCCUGGCGGCUUGGCUCUUGCCACCACCACCUCAGUAUCCGUUGGCAACAGCCCUGACAAGAGCUUUUCUACAUCCUCCCAUGUUGCUGUGGUUGUUGUGUCUUCCAGUGCUGUGCUGGUUUCCAUCUUUGCAUUUAUUGCCAUUAUGAUCCAUAGGCGAUAUAAGGAGUAUCGUCCGGUUGGACGCCCCAUGUUGGAUGAUGCAGAGAGAAACUCAGGAGUUAAUAGCUGGGGUUUAAGAAAGCUAAGAUCUACUCUAUUUCCAGCCAAUGAGGAGAGAAGCCAUUUAUUGGCCGAGAAACCAGUAUAAAUUGAUUAAGAAUUGCAGUAACCACUUUCUGCAGGUUGCUAGAACCGUUUAAUGAGAAUAAUAAAUUUAAGUUAGCAUUUUAUUACAGUACAUGCAUUUUUUUUGGAAUAAGUUACUUUUUGGUUUGAAACCAAUGUGUUGACAUUUGAAGAAUCAAUAAUUACUAAUCACUAAAACCUCACUACUAACUGACCCAACAUGAAGUAUUGUAUCUCUUGUAUAAUCACUUGCUUUCAAAAAUGAACAUUUAUGAGUAAAGGUAACACUGGAAUGACGUCAAAGUAUCACAAUGUUAUUCUAUACCAUCAAAUUGUUUUGCACAUUUAUGAUUAAAACUGUGGAAAAUUAA